AUGUGGAACAUAUUUGCAAACGAAGACUUAUCAUUACAUAUCGAAAAAAAGGAAGAAGAAAAUUUUGCAAAAAACAAAAUUGGAAAGAGAAAAAUGUUCGAAAAAGUAAGUCACAAAAAUAUUCUGACCAAGUCAGGUUCUCACGGUUCGGCAUUUUCUCAAUAUGAUAGCAAAAUAAUGAACAAGUCAUUAGAUAUGAAAAUAAAAGAAUUAAGAAAAAGUUUCCGAAAAAAGUACAGGAUUGUACGAACACAAUUAUUGAAGCUAGUAAAAAUAUUGAAGCAAUUCCCUGAAAUUGAAUCUACCAAUGGUUUGGAAGUGGGCAAUAAUGACCACAUAGAAGGAUGUGAUAGUAACAACAUAGAAAAACAAAGUGGUAAUAAUAAUACGGAAGAAGGUGUAAAUAGUAAAUUAGAGGUAAAAGGGAGAAAUAGCAUAGACGGAAAAGGAAGUAACAGCGUGGAAGGGAAUGGAAGUAACAACGUGGAAGGGAAUGGAAGUAACAACGUGGAAGGGAAUGGAAGUAACAACGUGGAAGGGAAUGGAAGUAACAACGUGGAGGGGAAUGGAAGUAACAACGUGGAGGGGAAUGGAAGUAACAACGUGGAAGAAAAAAGCAGCAACCCCGUGGAUGGAAAAGGCAGAAACAAAAAGGCAACUGUUAGUAUUGAAUUAAUUAAGAAGCUUAACAAGAUAAUUGGCAAAAUAGAUAUAGAGCAACUAAAAUGGAAGAAAAGAACAAAAAAAAAAAAGCAUAAGUACAGAAAUGAAGAAGAAAGUUUUAAGAAUAAUGGAAGAGAAAUGAGUUUUUCCACCAAGUCUUUUGUUGUGCCUCAAAAGAAUAAUGACACAUAUAGAAGGAACGUAAAAAAUAUAAUGAAAAAAAGUUAUGCUAGAAGAAGUUUAUUACUAAGUUCAACUAAUUACAUGAAAAAAUUUAGCCAGAAAAAUCUUUACGAAAAUGCAGGAUUGGUAUAUAGUAACAACAAUAUAAGAAAUAAUUAUUAUAUGAAUCAUCAAAAUAAAAAACAAAUGAAUAGCAAUUUUUAUAAUGACACAGAUAAUGUCUUAGUAACCGACUUUUAUAUGUACUCAACGUUAAAUGCAAGUUAUAACCGAUUAAAUUCUGUGAAAAAGAGAAAAGUGUUACAAAUGUUAAAAGGAAAUAUGAACAACAGUGCAGGUAGUAAUAAUAUCGAUAACAACAACUACAACACUUGUAGAUAUAAAAACUAUGGAAAUCAAUGUAAGAAUUUUAGAAAAAAAGGAAGUAUUAUUACGGGAAGUAAUAAUUUAGAAAAUAACAUACACAGUAACAAUUUUCGCAAUAUAUCUUAUGCUUACAAUUAUAACGGUGGUAUGCUGAAUUACCUACCUCAGUAUAUGCCCAACAUAACGGAAGGUUUCAACGCACAAAAUAAAAAUAUGCCAUCAGAAGAAGAAAAAAAAAAAAAAAAAAAAAAAAAAAAAAAAAAAAUUAAUUUAAGUUAUAAAAAAAAAGUAAAUAAAUACGUAAAGGAGGAAAAAAUUAGAGGCCUCUUAAGAACAGCAACAAAUGAAGACGAAUUGCUCAAGGCUAUAAAUUUCGCAAAAAAUGCAGGUCUACAUUUUGAGGCAAGAUUAGGUGAUAAGAAAUUGACCAAGUUGAAGCUCGAAGGUUAUGGAAAAUAUAGUUCAGGUUUUUAA